AUGGAGAGUCAGAACAGCACGGUGGUGAAAGAAUUCAUCCUCCUUGGUCUGACUCAGUCUAGAAAUAUUCAACUCCUGGUCUUUGUAUUCAUUUUCAUUUUCUACCUCAUCAUCCUCCCUGGGAAUUUCCUCAUCAUUCUCACCAUCAGAUCAGACCCUGGCCUCACAGCCCCCCUCUACUUCUUUCUGGGAAACUUGGCCUUCCUGGAUGCAUCCUACUCCUUCAUUGUGGCCCCCAGGAUGCUGGUGGACUUCCUCUCUGAGAAGAAGGUAAUCUCCUACAAGGGUUGCAUUGCUCAGCUCUUUUUCUUGCACUUCCUUGGAGGAGGGGAGGGGUUACUUCUUGUUGUGAUGGCUUUUGACCGCUACAUCGCCAUCUGCCGUCCUUUACACUAUUCAACUGUCAUGAACCCUAGAGCCUGCUAUGCCUUGCUAUUGGCUCUGUGGCUUGGGGGCUUUAUUCAUUCCAUUGUGCAAGUGGCCCUUAUUCUCCACCUGCCCUUUUGUGGUCCAAACCAACUGGAUAACUUCUUCUGUGAUGUGCCGCAGGUCAUCAAAUUGGCCUGCACAGACACCUUUGUGGUGGAGCUCCUGAUGGUCUCUAACAGUGGUCUGCUCACCCUCCUGUGCUUCAUGGGGCUUCUAGCCUCCUAUGCAGUCAUCCUGUAUCAGGUACAAGGACACUCUUCUAAAGGGAAGGAUAAAGCUCUCUCCACAUGCACCACACACAUUAUCAUUGUGUUUCUCAUGUUUGGACCUGCCAUCUUCAUCUACACUCGUCCCUUCAGAGCUUUGCCAGCUGACAAAGUAGUUUCUUUCUUUCACACAGUGAUUUUUCCUUUGAUGAACCCUGUGAUUUACACCCUUCGCAACCAGGAAGUGAAAGCAUCCAUGAGGAGGUUAUUGAGUCGGUACAUAGUUUGCUGA